CUUAAACAAUGAAUAAUUUAAAUACGCCAUGAUGAAUGGAGUAGACCGAUAAAGGACGAGGAAAGAAAAAUAAAAGCGGGAUUUUAAAAUAAAUAAAGUAAAUGUUAUAUGCGGUCAGUUUAAACGCUCGGUUGUGCAAAACACUUAACAGCAUUUCAUAAGAUAUUAAACGAAAAACACUUUUGAAAUGCAAAUACAGUGUAAGUUCAGACAUGCAAUGUUGGUGUAAGAAAUACUACUUAAUUUUUUAUUUCUGUUAUUAAUACUCGAAUUGACAGAAGGAAAAGAAAUAUAUGUAAUGAGGUAUGCAUUCGUUCAAUUCUGACAAUCUUUGACCUAACCGGAGCUUAAUAUCCACUCGUAAAGGACUAAAUCAAGUGUUAAUGAACAUAUUUGCCAUCUUUUCAAAAGCGCUAUUUGUAAAGGUUGCUGAUAUUUCCUAUAUGAAGUGGUAAACCUUGCGCAUCCUCGUGCUGGAAUUAAAGGAUGUAUCAAUGGAUUUAUUAAUAUACGGUUUGAGACUGUUUUUCAAGAAUGAAUGAAAGAAACAAAGGAUUACCGACUGUUUCAUCAAUUUUGAAAGUUUCGGAUACAGAACAAAAUAUGCUUAAUCGGAAAGAUCAACGGCUAUUAAAGUGACAAAGGGAAUUACAAGCAUAACUACAAGAAGCAGUUUAAACAUACAGACUCUAGAAGGAAAAAGUGAUAUUCUGAAGUAUACAGAGAUAUUAAAAUCCCUGCUUUAAUUUGGAGAAGCGAAGUGAUUUUAAUUUUUAUCCAUCAAAUCUCAAUUACAAUGCAACAAAUCAAUCAAUUUUAAACUAACUGUCGUUUAACACCGUCAUGCUAACUGAGUGCGAAGAUUAAGGUUUGAUAGGACUUUCUCCUUAUCAUUAAAAUCAAUAACAAACAAGCCAGUUAUAUACAUAAACUGUAAAUUGAAAAUGAUAUAACUGUUGCAUUAAUCACACCUGUGUUAGAGAAAGUACUUACAUACCCUCAAAACAGGAAUUGGAUACGAAUGUAUCUGAUAUAGUAUAUAGGAUUUCAUUUUUCGUUCAGAUCAUUUGUUUUAAAGAAAGGAAAAAUCAAGAUAAAAAGUAAAAUGGCAUUUGGAAAUUGGCCAGUUGCUAGCUUUAGACAGCGUAUUGUUUAUAAAACAGAAUUUGAUAUUUUCAAACAAAACAGUGACAUAGACUUAAUAAGUCUCGCGAGUUACGAAGAUCAACCUCCAAAACACUUAGAUAAUGAAGGUGUAAGACCAAAAACUGUUCCUGAAUCAAAAAUACGGUUAAAACAAAAUUGUAAUGGAAUAACCGCAAGAACUACUGGUAGAAAUAGAGUUCAAAGUGCCUAUGAUACAGAUUACAAACUAAAUAGGAAAUAUCAACCACAGGAAAGAGAGUUCAAACGUCGCACGUGGACGAAAAGUGAAACAAGUAUAUAUAAAGACUUUGCCAGGACUACAAGAACGUUUCUCGCGCAAAAACACGGAUCGUCUUAUCAAAGGAAAGAGAAUGAUAUAAAUCGUGAUUGUAAAAGUGCGCUUGAAGUCCGCGAUCCGUCGUCAGAGCCUAGUGUACGCAGUCAAACUACGUGUGGGUUUCAUCCGAAUGAGGGAAACUGGAUUAAGUCUGGUAAAACAAAUACCCAGGACGUGUCAAGCGUUGGACAAACAAAUAAAGAGGUUAAAAUAAAACGCCAUAUAAACACCAAAACUGACAAAUCAAUAUUGAAUCAUAUUUGGAGAACUAGGUCGGCCCCAACAAGAGAGCAAACAAAUAAAACCUUUCCACCAAAGAGACGAGACUCGUCACAUCAUGACAAUUUUACUGUAGCUGAAUCUAAACUCAAUAAACGACCCCGCAGUGGAUGGAGCGAAGACAAAGGCGAACGAAUUCUUAAGACAAAGAAAACGUGUGUCGAUAGGACAGAUAAAAGUCGCGAAGAAGACGUUCAAUCUCCUACAUCUUCGACAGUCACUAGAGAUGUUAGUGGUGUUAUUGAUGAUAAUGAAGUAGUAAAUGUGGUUUGUACAAGUGAUGACAACUAUCAUAGUGAAAAUAGAAAUCUAACGGAAUGGGAAGCACUGGAAUGUGUUGAGAAUGAAACUGUAACAUGUAUAGUUGAAAAGGCAGAUGAAAAUUGUAACUUUAAUGGAAACAGUAAAGAAACUGUUACGAGCUCAGUAACAAACUUAAAUGAAGACGGAGUUUGCUCUAAAGAUAGUGGAUUUGCUAGUAAUGCCGUUACACCAGAGCUAGAGUUCUGGAAUAAAAGUAAUACCGAAGACUGUAAAGACGAACUUAAUUUUGAGAAACAUAAACAUGUAAAAUUUAGAAUACAAAAUCCGGAAACCUGCGUUGGUUUGGAAGAAGCAGAAACAUGUAGUGUUAUAAGUGAAAAUGGAAAUUCGGUUACAUUAAGUGAUGCCGAAAUUGAGACAGAGAGCAAGGUUUCUGAGAUUGCUUACGAUAUAAAUGACUUGAUAAGUGAUCUAGAAAGAAUCGGUGCAAACAGUAGACUGUCCGUGAUCAGCACAGGUGGACAAAGUAAUUUUACAGCUGACGGAGAUUUAGAUUCUCUAAGCGGAGACGUGGCACAAAAGGCUCUUAGAGAAUUACGCGAGGCCGAAGAACAAGAAAGAGCAAAGCUUGAAGAGGAUAAUAAAGAACUUAAUAAACCAAAAGAUCUAGAAUCUUUAAAUAUGUCUAAAGAAGCUAGACAUGCUAUAAUGGAAACCUUGCAUGAUAUGGGUACUAUGAAAGGUAAAAAGAGAAGUAAAGAGAAAGAUUCAGCUGAUAUAAGAUUUAAAGGAGUAAACGCACAGAGGAGACAAACUAACAACAGGAAUAAAUAUGAAUACUAUAUGAGAGAAAGGACUAUAUCGCAUUACAAAAACCAGUUUAAAUCUAUUGAUAGUGUAGGGAAUGAAGAAAAUAGUUCGUCAUAUAGUUCUCCGAGGGAAGCUAAAGAAUGUGAUGACACAUCAAGUGAAGAAUAUGCUAAGGGAAAACUCUUUCCUUCUAUAAGAGAAAACACGAAGUUAAGUAAAACAACAAACUCAACAAGCAAAUCUAAAGUACUCACAUUAGACCAAGCGAAAAAGAAAAAAUAUAAAAUUCCUGGAAUUGGAAAUUAUCAUUUGAUCGCAAGCCCGGAUAAUGACUUUGAAAUCACGCCACCUGGUUUUGAUAGCAGGUACAAUCCAAGGCCGAUAAUAUCAAAAGAGGAAAUGGAAAUUCCGCCACGUAUCAUUCGAGAAAAAUCUAUUCAGAAAUGUAGGAGUUGGUUGUCGAAUGUAAACAUGUCCCCAAUGUCUCUUAGCCCAGUGAAAAAUACAAAGUAAACGACGCUUUCUAUACCUCUUGAAAAGAGAAAAUAUGAAAACUAUUCAGUUAUUUUACUGAAUUCAUUUGUCACAGCUGGGAAAGAUUUUUGUGCCAAUUAAAGCAAAAAAUUAUGUUUCGUCUCAAUAGUAAAUGCAGCAAUACAUUGUACAUUUGAAUUGUUCAACAAUACUCUGUAAAACUGUGCGACUGCUUCAAAAUAUCAUUAUCGGCUAGUUUUCUACGUUUACAUAAAAACCGACUUGCACAACAGCAGUCUAUUCCCGUACAUGGACUCAAAGUUAUUUUUUCGGGCUCUUUGAAACCAUGUUGUCCAUUCAAUGUUCCGCUUUUUACAGAAUUGUUAGGGGCGGGAGGACUGUACUCGUUUAAACCGUGUCUGCUAAGUUUUGUUUGGUGGCGAUCUUUUCUUUCAGCGUAUUACUAUUUAGAACAUUAAGUAGACAAAUUGAACUAAAUCAGAAAAAAACCCAGCGGAGAAGCAAUAUCUGACUGUUUCGACAGACAAAGUGUGCCAACAAGAUGAGAUACAUAGCAGAACCUUGUUUGUGAAUUCAGUGCAACAACAUUCCGUUAUAUCAUUUCGAUUCUGAAAUCAUGGAUCAAGUAUAAAAAGCACUCUCGCGCAAGAAAAUAUAUCGACGUGACGUCAGAUUUCCGUGUUUUAACGGAAAUGUGAAAUGGUUUUUCAUAUCAGAAUGAAGAUUUAUCAUUAAAGAAGUAAAUAAUUGUAUUGUAGUGUAAAUAGACCCACUAUUUAUUUUCAUUUGUUAAUUUAUACAUAAUACUGUUAUGUAUUGCCAUAUUUUACCAAGCAUUUUUAGAAUUAUUUAUUAUGAUAAUAAAAGAACUACCACUCA